AUGGCUUCACCCUCUCCGGAGAGACCAAUCAGAAGGGCUAAAGUGACUUAUGGGAAGCGCAAGCCCGUGGUGGACCCUGAUGCGACGUUGGUGUCCUCUGCGCCGGCGACCGUGGCGAGGAAGGACUCUAUGGACGAGGAUAUUGUGCCGGACUCGGAGCCGAACCACCACGCUUCGUCCGAUGAGUCUGGCGCUGAGGACGGACCCAAAGUCACGAAGUGGGGCUGGAGGGAGCAGCUCAAGGCGAUUGACAAGGGGGAGAAGGUCGAGGCUGGGAAGGACGAGGAUGCGACGAUGGUCGACGUCGAGGAGCGGGCCGCGACGCCGCCGCUGUCUGAUCACGAGCAGCCUACCGCAUUCGGGACGUCUCUGACUGCGCUGGCCGGCUCACCACUCGUGCGAGACAAAGGGAGUUCUGCCUCCGCCAAUAACUCGCCCCACCCACGCCUCUACCGCUCAGCACCCGACUCUUCUCCCGCCACCGCCCCACCGGCAACUCCCGGAGAGGACAGCCAGGACCAGACCCUCAGCGGCUCGUCCCCCGCUCUGUUCCCAAUCUCUACGCCCCAGGACGCUUCUCCCGGGAGUCCACCGAGCUCGCCGCCGGCAGAAGACGACCACGAGCUUCCGAUGGCGAUAUCAAAGUCUGCUUCCACUAAAGCAAAGGGUAGAUCCAGCGUCCCGCCUCUCUCAUUCGAGGAUUCAGGUCGUGCCACCACUUCACACUCGCGUAAGAACUCGCAAGUAAAGGAUGCACAUUCACGGCGUCCAUCCAAGGAGAAGCCGAAGAAAGUCAAGGCUCCGACCAAGAAGGACUUGGACGAAAGUAGGCGCGAGUCUGCACGCUUGAAAUCGGACCAGAGAGCCUCGCUCCCCUCUACGACCAUACCGUUCGGACUGCCAGAGUUCCUCACUAGGGUAACAAGCGAAUCCAAACCUACGAUCCAUCCACCUGUCGCCCGACAGCCUCUGCGUCAACCACAACCAUUGAAAGCGACGCGCAGCGCGCAUUCGGCUGCGUCCGACCCGAUUGACGAGUUCUCAUCUUCGCCCGGCCCUCUCGGCGUCGAAGUCUCCUUCACGAGAGAAGACUCUGCAUCUCCGCUUGAUCGCCUCAGCUCGCCAGCCAAACCUCCUGGCUCACCUCUCCAAUCCAAUGGCUUGCUUAGCAUGAACCUUUUCGCGAACAAGUCCAAAUCUCAGCCUAUGCCCUACGUCAAGCCCGCAAUGGUACCACCAUUAUCCGCACCCAACUUCAUCUCGGGGCCAUCGAAACUACUCUCCCUCGGCGCGUUACCCGACGACGACGACAGGACCUUCCUCAGAGCGAACUCCGACAGCGACGACGAAUUGUCAUUCCCAGAUACGCGAGCCAUUCUCGAGAGCGCCUCGCGAAAGCGGCAAACCGAGGAUCUCAAGGCGAAGAAGUUGCGCGCGUUGGAGGAAGCUGCAAAGUUGAAGCAGCUGAGCGCUCACCAGGCUGAGCCUGAGUCCGAUGACGACUUGGACAUCCUCGACGAUCCGAGGACGCGGAUCAAAGAGGCUGGGGAGGAGAGGAGAUUACAUCCCGUGCGACCAAAUACUGCGCAACAAAUCCAGCGACAGUAUGCGUUGGCCGGGAAGUCACCAUCGAAGGCGCGAAAGCACCAUCUGACGAGCAGUCAACUUGAACGUGCUGCGAAGCCGCGCUUCUCGAUGCCUGGGGAGGGAAAGAAAGGAAAGGAGGCGGAGGAAGGCGUCGGGAGGGAUGAGCUUAUGGCGGAUCUCCUCAAUAAACAUAACGCGCAGGCGGAGAGGGGGAGGAAGGAGAAGGAGGAAGAUUGGAAGAACAAGGGCGGAACUACCCAAACUGUGACCGAGAAGAAGGAACUGGACGUCAAGCUUCUACUGGAACAGGUUCAGAAGAGGCAGAGUGAGGGACCCGUGGAUGACGAGGACGACGAAGAGGAGGAAGGCAACGAGGAGUUCAUACCGGGCCAGGAGGGGAGUGGUGAUGAGGAGGCGGAGGGGGACGAUGACGGGAGUGCGCGAGGGGACGAGAUGGAGGUCGAGUUCGACGAGAACGAGCAGCCUAUUCUUCCCGCGAGCGAGAACGACGUUCCACUGUCCACCUCUUCGACUGCUGUAGACGCAGACUCGGAUGAGGAGCCCCAACCUGCGUCCCACGCGAAACCUCGACCACGACCAAGGCGACCCGCUCGCAAAUCUGCGGUCCUGUCUGAUUCCGAGGACGAGCCGGAAAACAAGGAGAAUGUGAAAGACGCAGAUAUGUUUGAACCCGGCGAGGACAAGGAGAAUUCGGUAUCCGCCUCUCCUUCACGUAGUCAAGGUCCGCGCCCGCUCUUUGGCGAGUUCAUGAGCGGAGGAAGCGGCAUGGGCACACCACGCGGAGAUGGCGCGAGGAGUCCGUUCAAGGAGCUCCGGACGCCGAGUCCUAUGAAAGUCGGCGGGCUGGGAGACGCAUUUGGAGACGCUACUCAAGGGCCUAAAGGCGUCGCGUUCGGUGGACUGGAUGACGCGUUUGCCGAUGCGACACAACCUGCCACUCAGGCGCCGAAGGGCGUUGCAUUAGGCGGCUUGGACGACGCUUUUGCAGACGCCACGCAGCCCACUUCGGCAGGGACACAACCUCCGAAGGGCGUUACCUUUGGUGGACUGGACGACGCAUUCGGUGAUGCAACGCAGCCUGCGCCGGCAGCUUCACAAGCGCCUCAGGGCGUCAAGUUUGGCGGGCUCGCAGACGGGUUCGAUGAUGCCACGCAGCCAUUGGCUGCUGGUACGCAGGCGCCGCAGGGCGUCAAGUUCGGAGGGCUUGCGGAUGGGUUUGAUGAUGCGACGCAACCCUUGCCGACCUCGCCUCAGGGUGUUCAAUUGGGUGGUCUUGAGGAUGAGUUCAUGGAUGCUACGCAAGCGGAUGGACCGGCCCCAGCGGCAGUACAGGCGCCCGAACUACAAGGUUUCACAGCCUUGCGCGCUAAACGCGACGCGCCCGUGGUGCUCCAAGAAGAUCGCCUGCGGGCCGUGAUGCCGGCGCUUGAUAUCACAGCCACCCAGAAGGCGCGCUACGACCGGAUAUUCGAGCAAGAACAGGAGGACAUCGUCGCUGCCGCGCGACCUAAACCGAGCAAACCGGUGAUCUACGUCAACGAGAGCGGGUUCCUCACGCAGACGAGGCCGGAGGGUGACGAUGUCGAGAUCUGGCAGCCGUCGCCGACACAACGUCCUGGGCCUUCGUCGACGCAGUUACCUGAUCUUGGCCCUACUCCGACACAGCUGCGAAGGAUAGAGCUUUCGCCGACGCAGCCUACGCCGUCACGACCAGCGCUGCAGCGUGCGGGAUCGAGCGCGCGAAGGACACCGCUUGGGACGUUGUCCGUCUCUACGCCUGGCUCGGGCGCGAUGACGGGCGACGAAGAGGACGGGACGCCGUUAGCGCCGCGUAGGCUGUUCAGGAAGGGCGAGAUGCCCAUGGUCAGGCCCGAGUCACCUACUCAGCCUCAGAAGGCAAAGAAAGUACCCAAUGUGCACGACGUGUUGAAGGAGGCACAGAGGCGCGAGCUAAGGCGGAAGCAGCGAAAGGAGCUCGGGGAGUUUAUGGGUGAUCAGGCGGAGGAGAGCGACGAUGAGAUGGCGUUUGGUUGGGGUGGGGCAAAGAAGAGCGACGAUGAGGAGGAUAGUGAUGAUGACGACGACGCGGAACUCAAUGGGCUCAUGGAUCACAGAGACAUCGGGGAGGAGGAGCUCGCGAGGGAGCGGGUGCAGGAGAAAGUCGCAGAGCAAGAGGCGGCGGACGAUGCAAGGUUGGACAAACGUGUGCGGGAUAUCGCUACGGGCAAAGAACGCCAGAAGCGGCGGCGCGCCGGCUUGGACUUGAGCGAUAGCGACGACGAAGACGUGGACAAGGAGGAGAGAGAUCGUCUUCGUCGAGAGAAGUUAGCUCGCAAGAGGCGUAAGACCGGCGGCGACACCCUUGAUGCGAUGAGUAAGGAUGAGAAACAAGCGGCAUUCGCCAGGGCAUACUAUGAGCAUAUCGAUGACAACGAAACUUUCAUUGAGCCUCUGCCGGACGACGAUGAAGAAAUGCCUAUGGAUGGGGACGAUGGUAUGGACGGGGACGAGGAUGAGGAUGGAGAAGAACGCGAGGUUGUUGCCGCCAGCGAUCUACAGGCGCAGCUGCGUGAGGUUGCGAGAAGUGGCAGGGGAAAGAACACGGUCUUUGACCCGAACGAUAUAUCCGGGUUUGAAUAUCCAGGCUCCGAUGAUGAGCAGCCGGUCAACGUACGCAUCGUUGAGACAGCUCCUCGGGCUCAACUGUUACGUCGUCCGCAAGGAGAAGACGAAGACGAAGACGACUUCGGCUAUCCACGACACCGCGCGACACAAGAUGUGGAUCCAACGCGCAAGGUCAAGGAGAAGCAGUGGGCAACCGAGGCUGGCGCUGCUGCACUUGGCACCGCCCGGAGUACCGCUAGCUCCUCUGUUCUGAGGAAGAAGUCGAGCAAGAUGGCCCCGCCAGCUGUACCGAAGGCGAAGCCGAUGCGCAAGACGGAAAGUUUACUCAAGGGCGCGAUGGCGCAACGCAAGCCUGCGUUGACGCGCACGGGAAGCUAG